GAGAGAUAAGACAUGGCGAGAAUAGCAAUGAAGCCGCUUAGCCCUGUGUCCCAGCUGUUCCUUUCGCCGGGUUUCUACGGCGUCAUUGUUUUUACUUUAGGGUUUAAAACUAGAUGCGACCCAUCCGCCAUUGUUGAAGGUAUCACGAACACAUGGAUCAAGCUCCCCCGCUUCUCUAGCAAAGUGGAGACCGAUGAUAAGAAAAAUGGAGAAGCGGUUUGGGUUCCUGUUAGUGUUCGAGUAGAGGAUCAUGUUAUAGUUCCCGACCUAGAUCAUUCCAACAUUGACAAUCCUGAUCAAUUUAUAGAAGACUAUACGUCAAACUUAGCUAAUACUCCAAUGGACAUGACCAGACCUUUAUGGGAAUUUCAUGUAUUGAAUAUAAAGACAUCAAAUGCAGAAUCUUUAGGUAUAGGGAAAUUCCAUCAUUCACUUGGCGAUGGUAUGUCGCUUAUGUCUCUUCUAUACGCUAGUUCACGAAAAAUAUCAGACCCCGAGGCUCUUCCUACUACUGCGGCUACAAGAAAACAUGUUGAAUCCAAUAGUAAUUGGUGGUUGGUGGGGAGACUUUGGUUGAUGAUAAGAAUCAUUUUCACAACUAUUAUUGAUUUGUUCAAGAUGUCGCUUACUCUAUGUUUUAUGCGGGAUACUAAAAAUCCUCUCAUGGGUAAACCGGGAGAUAGAAUUCGACCUAGAAAGGUUAUCCAGCGAAUAAUUAGUUUUGAUGAUGUCAAGUUCGUGAAGAAAACACUGAAAAUGAAAGUGAAUGAUGUUCUUCUUGGAAUGACACAGGCAGGUCUCUCAAGAUAUUUGAGUAAAACAUAUGGUGAAGAGCCAGUGGUCGGGAAGAAAACAAUCUUAGAAAAAAUCCGUCUUCGUGGCACAGUAGCUGUAAAUCUAAGACCACAUACAAAGAUCGAGGAUCUCGCUGAUAUGAUGACAAAAGGUUCAAAAUGUAGAUGGGGAAAUUUCAUAGGUGUUGUUAUGUUUCCUUUAUGGAUAAGAUCUGAAGAUGAUCCCUUGGAUUACGUCCGAAGAGCUAAAGCUACUAUGGAUAAGAAAAAAAUAUCCAUGGAAGCACUUGUUUCGUAUGGAUUCAUCAAAUUUCUCAUGAAAGUAUUUGGGCAAAAGGUAGUAGAUACUGUUUCUACGAGGAUGUUUGGUCAUACAACAUUGACAUUUUCAAAUGUGUUGGGUCCAUGUGAAGAAAUAAGCUUUUUUAAGCAUCCGAUGAGUUACGUCGGAGCAAGCGCAUUGAUUGGACCACAAGCACUUAUCAUCCAUUUUGUAAGCUACGUAGACAAGAUUAUCAUCAAUCUAGCUGUCGACACAACAGUGAUUCCAAACCCACAUCUACUCUGUGAUGAUUUGGUAGAAUCGCUCAAUAUCAUCAAACUUGCUGUCGUGGAGAAAGGACUUCAUAAAAUGGAGGUUUGAGACAUGUAUCAUCACUCGAUGUAACAAAAAUUGAAGUUUUAUGUUCAAAAGAUAAAAUUUGGUGGAA